AUGAAAUUCUGCUGUGACUAUUCUCUUUUGUUCAUAGUGCUUACAGUAAAGAGAUUUCUGAUGGGUAGCGAAGGUAAGAACGAUAAUUUUUAAGGCGAUGGUUUUCACAUUAAAGAUGCGAUUUGCUUAACACCGAACAAGUAUUUGCACGUCUGCCUGCUUGUUCAUCAAUAAAACACAGUCUGUUUUAGCAACGUCGUAUUGGGUUAAUUUUGGACGAAACCGGAUGCAAUUCCACUCAGAAGAUUCUAGUUUCAGUUUCGAGAAUAUUUCUCUCGAAAAGCUGUUGACAAGUUCUUCCGAUCUAUAGGACUUUUCACUGUUAAUGUCGACCAUGCCUCUAUUUUGAUAAGCUCGAUUAGGCACUUCCUAACUUCUUUGCAUUCGUUUACAUUGUCUGUCAACAACCAUUUCAAUAACGUAUCCUUAAAUUGAUAAAAAUUUCUCCCAGUGCUGUCUAUUUUUAGGAUUUGUGCUGACAGAAUUACGCGCUGUCUUAUUAUGAUAAAUUUAUUGUAAGUUUACCAGUAUGCGUGAUAACUAUUAAAAAAAUGGAAUUUUUCUUGAAGAUCUGGUCGUUAAUGAUGUUUACAUUGUUUUGUGUUCGUUCUUAGAUUCAUUUUAUUCACAAAUAAAUGAUUUUAUAUGUAGUAUUUAAUUUGAUUGGCAAAUCAGCGAACGAACAUGCUAAACCUUGUCGACCUCGAGUUAAAUUUUUAAUGACGUCAUAUCCUUCCGCAAUAAAUUUCAUGGUGAGUAUUUCCAGAAAAGGUCAGAUCGAAGAUAGCGAGUGUGCGAAUAUGUGGCAAGUUUUUCCACCAAAAGAUUCUGUACAGGAUUUUCCUGUGAAAUUUUCACGUCGAGGUAUUGUGUUAUUAGUACUUUGAAAUAGUACAACCUUUUGAUUAUAGUCAAAACAUGUGAACUGUACAUCCAGAAACAUUAUUUAACAAUUAUUUCUACCGCGUCGAGCAAAAUUUUGAUAUCUGAUGAUUCAUAACUUGAUUUUGUGUUUGACAUUGUAAUUCUUUGUCUAUAACGAAUUUUUUGCGUUAAAAAAAAUUGAUUUUAAACCCAAAUGAUCACAGGUAUUUUGACUAUACAAGACUGCUGAUUUCAAAUUCAAAUGUAAACUGUCUCAGCCGUUUAUUAUAAUUCUUGGUUUGUCUGGUUUUGUGUUUGUGAUGGAAAGCCUGUUCUGACACAAUCACAGCCACUGUUGAUCUACAGUUUUGUUUGAUGAGUAGGUUUCACAUUUAUUUUCACAAUCUUAUUGCAAGACAUCAGUUGCGAUUAAAGAACAGACAGAAAAACAUUUAGGCAUGAUAUUAACACUGCUUACUAGAACAAUUAAUCUUUAACUGGCAACUGAUCUGUUUAACCUUCUGUUUUUGAUCAAUUUAUUUUGCAUAAUUUUUUUCCCACAUUAGCUGAUUAUAUUGGUUAAUGUUUGCACAUAAUAACUAUACCAGAUUUAGAAGAAUAUUCAGCAUCCUUUGCUGUCAGCUGUUAACAGAUUCCACAGUUUAAAACUGUAAGGACAAAUUAGAUGCUGGUUACUCCUAGGGCUUAAAUGCAGCUUUCCAUUCAACCAAAAGUUUUACUUUUUCAGUCAUUUCUCUUUGCUGGCUCGGAAUUCCAGCUGGCAACCCAUUCUGGAGGAAAAGCAAAUCACUAAUAGUCACUUUAUGCUAUGUAAACUGGGAGCCCUUGAAUCCUUCUGAGUGACUAGCAUCUAAUUUCUCCUUACAGGAUCACUUUUGAAUCAAACAUGAAGGUUAUGAGUGUAAAGGAAUAGAUCGACAGCUUCAGAAGCUCUUGAUUUCAAAGCAAAUUCUCCUUGUUAAUAUAGUUGGAAUUGUACUAAGAGCAGCAUGAGGAAUAUACAUACUGAUGUAAAGAUGUUAACCCUUCAGCUCCUAAGAUUUCAUUAGUAAUUCUCCUUACUGUCUAACAUACAAUUCUUCCAAUAUUACUUCUGAGAAUUUGGUAUUGGAUCAACUAAUAAUCCCUUAAUUGUUACUCUUCGUAGUUCUCAUCACUCAACUUCUUAAUUUUGUAUCGAUAUUGUAAGGAGAAAUUCUGUCUUUGUCACUUAUGGGAGUGAAAGGGUUAAGAUGUUAGGCUCCAGCAAUAAAGCUGGUAUGCUGGUGAGCACUAAGCUGGUGAGAUUUCACUUCAAUUAGUUUCAAACAAUUAUUUACUUAAUUGUUAGCAACCAAGACAGAACAAGAACCAUACAAGGUUGAAUUUAGUGAGAAGGAACUUAGAGAGAGACUUACCCCACAACAGUACCGUGUGACACAGGAGAAGGGAACAGAAAGGUAAAACAAAAAUACUUGUUGAGUUUUCUCUAUGGUAGGUUGUAGCUUAUUUGUAAUUAAAUAUUGAUCGUAUUUGUUUAAAAAACAUGUUUAAAAGCAAAUAUGACCACUGGCUCAGGAAAUCUCUCAUUGCACUCUUCAAAAAAAUUUUUGACAUGGGAUAAUUUUGGUCUAAAAUAAGUGGAGCCUUCAACCUGCUUCUUAGAUCUGCUGCUGAGUCCUUAGUUAUAAACUUAUAGCUUAUAAUUAUUUGACUUUCCUUAGAGCAUUUACUGGUGAGCUUGUGAAUAACAAGAAAGCUGGUGUGUAUAGAUGUGUUGUGUGUGGCAAGGAGCUGUUUUUGUCUGACACCAAGUUUGAUUCAGGGUCUGGUUGGCCUUCAUUCUGGGACACACCUACAGAUGGGACUGUCAGAAAAAUUACAGAUACUUCACAUUUUAUGACAAGAACUGAAGUCACUUGUGCUGAUGUGAGUUGAAUCCUUUCAGCUUAUAUUCCUUUCAGAAUGGCACUCUGUAGUGAAAGCUGUGCACAGAAAUCUUAAGCCCUGAACUUGGCAAGAUUUGGGAACAUUUCUCUUAGUUGCUGUUAGAUCCUGCUAAACGUCUGUCUAAUUAAGACACAGUGCCUAGUGGGUUGUCCUCUAGAUUCUUGAGUAGAGUGUCAUAGUUUCACUCCAUGUAUUAAUUUUUGGGCAAACAGCGAUAUUGAAGAGUUAUUGGGGCCUGAAAAUGAUGCUGAAAGACCCCCUAAAAAAUUUAGGCCUCAAUGAAGUAUGAACCCAUAUUUCACAAUCAACCCAUAUUAUUCUUCUGACCCAAAUACAGGAGAAACCUGUAUUGAGCAGCGCUGCAUUAAGUGGUCACCCUACCCUGUAUUAGGAGGUCAGUUGUCAAAGUCCCCAAUUUGUUUCUUCCUAAUCACUGCAAUUUUCACUUCUAAUGAGCAAGUCACCUAUUAUAACCCCUCAAUUCCCAUGAGUGACCAAGACAGAAUUUCUCCUUGCAGUAUCAAUACAAUAUCAAGCAGACAAGUGACGAGAAUAAAGAAAAAUAUCAGUUAGGGGAUUAUAAGUUGAUCCAAUACCAAAUUCUCCAAACUAACAUCACAAGAACUGUAUGGUAGACAGUAAGGAGAAUUAUUGGGAGUUACAGUGUUAAGCAGUCAAAUUUAAUUUUAGUGUGGUGCUCAUUUAGGACAUGUGUUUGAUGAUGGCCCAAGGCCAACAGGGAAGAGAUACAUGUACUGCAGAAAUUCAGCUUCACUCAAAUUUGACCAUCCUUUACUGAGUCCCAACCCCUUGUUUGUAUUGUCUUUCACCUGUACAGAACGGACUCUCAAAGGAACCACUCAAAUGAUAACAGUUUUUAACCCUUUAACUCCCAGAUCAAAUUUGUAAUUUUCCUUUCUAUCAACCAUACAAUUCUUCUAAUGUUAGUUUAAAGGGAAUUUAGUAUUGGAUCAAUUUAGUAUUUUUUUUUUUUUUUUUUUUUGAUUGUUGUUUACAGUUGUGUAGUUAUGACCAUUUGCGGGGAAAAACGUUGAUUAUCCCCAAAUUUUUUUUUUACGAUCAACCGAAAACACCUACAUUCUCUUUCUCCAGUCUUCCUCUAUUCUCAUCACCUAAAAGUCCUCGCGUGUCUUUUGCCCAUGACCAUUUGCGGAUAUUGUUUUUUCUGUUAUGAUAUUCCCUCUUCUUCAGAGAUUCCGCGGGGGAAUUUUCCCCAAAUUGAUACUUUUCUUUAUUCUCAUCACUCGUCUGGUUGAUAUUGUAUUGAUAUUCUAAGGAGAAAUUUUGUCUUGGUCACUCAUGGUAGUUAAUGGGUCAAGGAUAUGGUCAGUUUAAAAUUUUAUGUUUAUGUGAUUUCUAACUGAAUUUCUUGUUCCUUUUAAUUUUAGUGUGGUGCCCAUUUAGGACAUGUGUUUGAUGAUGGCCCAAGGCCAACAGGACAGAGAUACUGUAUAAAUUCAGCUUCACUCAAAUUUGAUCCUUCAAAAGGCAAGCAUGAUUAG